UUUUCAUUAUCCGCCUUUACCCACUCUCUCUCAUCUCAGCACUAUCUUUAAUUCCACUCCCAUUUUCAAUAUCGCCACCCUUAUCUCUUCCACUCUGACGUUCUGACCUUCUCCAAUGGCCACUGUCCUCAGAACUCCACCUCUGCGAGCACCAUUUGUACCGCUUCCCACCACUGUUUCGCCAAACCUUCCAAAACCUUCAUACGUUUCGUGUAGACAAGGCCAGAGCAGCACGGCACCGUAUCUCACUCUCAGCUCUCUACGGUUCUAUCACCUGCCGUCCCUCCGGUCCGUCAAGUUCGUGCCUAUGGCUUCCCACAGUCAAACCCAAACUAGCGAGAUCGAGGAGGGGGUUCGAGAGCUCAAGGAGGUCGAGAUACUCCGAGAAGAACUAUCAAUGGAAGGUCUUACCUCAAAAAAUUUGCAGAAGUUUUUUGAGAACCUUUUGGUUACUGGGCUUAUUAAAGUCAUGAAGAGGCCAUAUGUACCAGUAUCUGCAUUCUUAGUUGGACAAAGCUUAUGGCUUAUCUCUACUCCAAUGGCACAAUCACGUGAUAUUAUCAAAACAAAUGUCGUUUAUGAGACGGGGGAGUUAUUUGAAUUAGGAAUCCAGCUAUCAUACUUGCUACUAUUGUUGGCAUUUCUUGGGAUUGGAACCUUCUUUGUGAUUCGUCAAGUGCUUGUACGUAGAGAACUUGAUCUUUCUGCCAAAGAAUUGCAGGAGCAGGUAAGAAGCGGUGAUGCUGAUGCAACUGAGCUUUUUGAACUUGGAGCAGUAAUGCUGAGAAGGAAAAUUUAUCCAGCUGCUAUUAAGUACUUGGUUCAGGCAAUUGAAAAAUGGGAUGGGGAUGACCAAGAUCUUGCUCAGGUUUACAAUGCCCUUGGUGUCAGUUAUAUCCGUGAAGGUAAGCUUGCUAAGGGAAUUACGCAGUUUGAAACUGCUGUCAAGCUUCAGCCGGGCUAUGUCACAGCUUGGAACAACCUUGGUGAUGCCUAUGAAAAGAGGAAGGACUUUAAGGCUGCUCUGAAUGCAUUUGAAGAAGUACUUCUCUUUGAUCCUAACAACAAGGUAGCAAUACCACGGCGGGAUACUUUGAAGGAACAAGUGAAAAUGUACAGAGAUGUUCCUGUGAAAACAAAGGAGAGGUGAUCUGAAAUUACUUGUAAAUUGUUAUCUGCUCCAUGGUUGAUGAGGAUAUUAUCAGUAACAGCUUGUUUAAGUUUUGCUUGGCAUUGUCGAAACAGUCAAUGGUAGUUGAGGUAUCGUUGGUUUUCCAUGGUCCCAGAUUUAGGCUUGCCUUCAGUAGUCCCAUUUUGUAUUUUCUAGCAUGUAAGUUCAUUACAAGUGUUUUACAUAGUGAAAUGGUGGUGCAUAAUGUUUUACUAUACAACAUUGUAAUAUAUUGUAUUUAUUGUGGGUUGAAGCUGUGCAAUAUCGUUAUGAUAUUGGUUUUGUUGUGGGUU